AUGGCAUACAGGACAGCGGCCUUGCUCUCCCUCCUCGGGGCCACAUUGGCAAACCCGUCUCACACAGAACACGCCCGUGCCGUCUGCACCCCCGCUGCUUCCGGCACCUCAGCCACCGACGACGUUCCCGCAAUCCUCGACGCAGUCUCAUCAUGCGGCAACGGCGGAACAAUUGUCUUCCCCGAGGGAAAAACGUACUACCUGAACAGCGUCCUCGAUCUAAGCGACUGUUCAAACUGCGACAUCCAGAUCGAGGGUCUACUCAAGUUCGCGAGUAAUACCGACUAUUGGAGUGGGAAAACAGCCAUGAUCAAUGUCAAGGAUGUGGAUGGGCUGAAGAUUCGGUCGCUUACGGGGAACGGGGUGAUUGAUGGGAAUGGGCAGAAUGCGUACGACCGCUUUGCCGAAGAUUCAAGUUACCGCCGCCCAACACUGCUGUACAUCGUCGGCGGAAGCGACAUUGAAGUCUCGAACCUGCGCCAGAAGAACCCGCCCAACGUCUUCAUCUCCGUCAAGGGCGGAACAACCAACGCGGUCUUCUCGAACCUCCGACUCGAUGCAACCUCCAAAUCCGGAAACCGCCCUAAAAACACCGACGGCUUCGACAUUGGCGAGAGCACGUACGUCACCAUCACCGACACCACAGUCGCAAACGACGACGACUGCGUCGCCUUCAAGCCCGGCUGCAAUUACCUGACUGUAAGGGAUAUAACCUGCACCGGAUCCCACGGCCUCUCCGUCGGCUCGCUCGGCAAAAACAACGACGACAGCGUGAGGAACGUCUGGGUCGAAGGCGCGACAAUGAUCCGGUCGACAAAAGCUGCAGGCAUAAAAACGUAUCCGAGCGGCAACGGCCACGGAUUCAGUACGGUCAGCAAUGUUACCUGGAAGGAUGUCGUGGUUCAGGACUGCGACUAUGCGAUCCAGGUUGAGAGUUGCUACGGGGAGGAUGAUGAGUACUGUGAGGAGAAUCCGGGGAAUGCGGUUCUCGAGGGGAUUACGUUCCAGGGGUUCAGUGGGACCACGAGUGACAAGUAUGAUCCUGUGACGGGGAAUUUGAAUUGCGGGGCGGAUGGGGAGUGUGAUGUUUCUGUCGUGGAUUAUCAGGUUACUGCGCCUUCUGGCGAGGGAGUCGUGCUUUGUGCGAAUACGCCGGAGGGGUUGGGGGUUGACUGUACUGCGGGGGCUUCGGGGUGA